ACCUGUGGAAAAAAAAAAGUCUUUUAGAGGAACUGUUUUUUUUUAACCGUUUUGAAUUAAGCGGGAUGGGAGGGGAUACUGAUGAGUAGUGGGAGCCAUCUGUUUGGAAACCCGGCUGACGCAACGCUCCCGGCGGCGGCUCAUGCGGUCGGUGGACAAUGUGACUUUAAUAACUGCUAAAAACACGUUAUUUUGACACAAAAUGGCGGAAGUUUUCUCCUUGGUUCUUUUCUCUGGGAUGCUGAUGUGUGGUCUGCUGCUCCACAUGAUUUCCCAGCAUGGAGCCAAUGUUAAAAAUCCCAGUGAGAAGCCUAAUUUCAUCGUCAUACUGGCAGAUGAUAUUGGCUGGGGUGACCUGGAUUCUAACCAGCCGGAAGAGAAGGCAAACCUUACACCUUACCUCAACCUGAUGGCCGAGCAAGGACUAAGAUUGACAGACUUCCACUCUCCUGCCUCAACUUGUUCUCCAUCCCGUGCUGCCAUCCUGACAGGCCGCUAUGGCCUCAGAAACGGGGUGACUCAUAACUUUGCUGUGGGCUCUGUGGCCGGUCUGCCUCUCUCUGAAGUCAUCCUACCUCAGCUACUGCGGAAGGCUGGAUAUUACACUGCCAUGAUCGGGAAAUGGCAUCUUGGCCACAAUGGACUGUAUAGUCCAAUUAAAAGAGGUUUUGACUACUACUUAGGAAUUCCUUACAGCAAUGACAUGGGAUGUACUGACAUUCCUGGGUACAACUUGCCACAGUGUCCUCCCUGUGAUUCUUCCGGACCCCAAGUAAUCAGACUGAAGAGGAGUGGACAUGGAGGCUGUUAUUCCAAAGUGGGCCUUCCUCUAAUUGAAAACAGCAGUAUUGUGGAGCAGCCGCUCGACCUUUGGACACUAGCAGACCAAUACAAAUCCGCUGCAACCAGGAUUAUACAAAAUGCAAGGGAGCAAGGCCAGCCAUAUCUACUCUACGUAGCGCUGGCUCACAUGCAUGUUCCCCUGUCCCCUCACCUUCCUCCGGAUUUCUCCGCCACUGGCGUGCGCCCAGAUGAAGUGUAUGCUGCCAGCCUGCGAGAGAUGGAUGACCUAGUAGGCGCAGUAAAGAGUGCUUCGGAUGACGCAGACAAAAACAAUACUCUUGUCUGGUUCACUGGUGACAAUGGUCCUUGGGAGCAGAAGUGCCAGUUUGCAGGAAGUGUAGGACCUUUUAAGGGAAAGUGGCAGACCAGCAGAGGUGGAGGCUCAGCUAAGCGGACAACCUGGGAGGGAGGUCACAGGGUGCCAACAGUGGCUUAUUGGCCUGGGAGGAUCCCUGCUAACACCACCAGCUCCGCCCUGCUCAGUGGUAUGGACAUCUUCCCAACCCUCCUGUCCCUGGCAGGUGUAACUCCCCCAUCGGACAGACGUUACGAUGGCAUUGACGCCACAAACAUCCUCCUGAAUGGUGAACAGAAUGGUCAUGAGUUUCUCUUCCACCCUAACAGCGGUGCUGCAGGGAAGUUUGGCGACCUGCAGACAGUUAGAACAGGGAAACACAAAGCUUUCUACAUCACAGGUGCGGCUGAGGCCUGUGGUGGUGCAACAGGACGGCAGCAGCUCCACGACCCGCCGCUGAUAUUUGAUCUGCAGCGCGACGAGGCUGAGGAAACACCACUGGAGGUCGAAACACCUGAAUACCAGGCGGUAGCGGAGAGGAUCGCCCGAAGGAGGGAGGAGUUAUUAUGGGACAUUGCCAGCGACGAGUCUGUGUCCACAGCGGACUACAGCACGGACGAAUCAGCAGCGCCCUGCUGUGACCCCUCACUGCCUGUUUGUCGCUGCGACAUGCUGGGCUGAGGUUGGGAAAAUCACACACACAAACUCGCAAACAGAUGUGGAGACAAACAUCUCCUUUUAAAUGUGCUCAGCUGUUUGUUUGUAGACCGUGAUGUUUGGGAGGCUCAAUGUCCAGAUGCAGCGGGAGACGUGCAAACAAGCAGAGAGAGCAAAGAGGCGCCGGCAGCCAAACUUUAUCCAGCUGGUAUUGUGAAGUCAAUCAUUCGGGAAAAGAUAAGAACUAUCAAAACAGUUUAGACAUGUUCUUUACCAAUCAAUUUUUUUGUAGUGAAAUGCAACAUGUUCGAACAGUGCAAGUUUCAAGGGUCAAAACCUUGACCCCUGAAAGGCGGCAGUUUGUAGUUUUGGGGAACAAGCCCAAACUUGGAAUUUUAAGAUUUAAAACACUAAUGAAUUUGUAAUACAAACUCAGAAAUUAUUAUUUUUUCAAUGAGUGAAUAAACAAGCUGUUCUCAGAG